CUCUCAUCUCAUCUCUCUCUUUCUCUCCGUGGUCCGUCUCUCUCUCUCUCUCUGUCUCUCUAUCUGUCUCUCACUCUCUGUCUCUCACUCUCUCUAUCUCUCUUUCUUUCGGUCGGUCGCUUAUUCCGCGGCCGUCUCCCGGUCCGUGAACGCUGGAUUUCACCUCCUCCGUUAGCGCUCAGGACGGGAGGAAACACGGGAGGGCGACAAGAAGAAGGAGGAGGAGGAGGAGAAGACGCACAUGCGGGAGAGAUUUCCAACAAGUGCUCUCGUGUGAGUCUGAAUAGAGGUUAUUGUCCGCGGCCGCCGGCAGCAGAUCCACGGUCAGACAAGACGCCUGAUCCCAACGAAACCCCCACACAAAGGUCUCGAGGAUACGAUGCUGAAGUUGGACGGACGUCCCCUCUCUGGACUCAGGACGUGGUCGUGGUCAUAGAUUCAUCAUGGCAGCCUCCUUCCUCUGAAGGAGCGGCAGAAGAAAAGAUUCCCUCCGUCGCCUCGAAGAAGAACACAUAAAUAAACCACCCAAACCAUGUAGUAGAGCUUCCUCCGAUGAAAAGGGGGGCGCGGGUCUACAUUCGAGUUUUUCGUCUUUACCGCCGUCUGUGGGACAGAUCUGUGCUCGCCUCUUUGAAGAGUGCAUGUGGGUGUUGACAGAGAGAGACCCGAGAGGAAGCGACGAAGAAGGAAAGAGAUGGUCCUCCACACCACCCCGUACUCCAGUGCCUGCAUGCACUUCCUGGACGGCCUGUCGUGGAGCCUGGUGUUCCCCUGUUACUGGCUCCUGGACCGGCUCCUGGCCUCCUGCGUGGCCACCUCCCUGGAGAAGCGCCAGCGCUCCCAGGACCCCUGCUCCUUCCUCACGCUGUGCGUCCUGAUCUCCGCGCCGCUGUACCUGCUGCUCCUCCUCGCCUCGCUGCCCUUCGCCCUGCUGGGCUUCGUCAUCUGGGCGCCGCUGCAGGCCGUCCGCCAGCCCUACCUGUACACCUACCGCAGACCAGAUAAGCACCAGGCCGAGCAGGGCCAGGCUGGACCGGGCGGCGCUGGCCUCGGAGAAUGGAGGCCGCAGGGAAGAAGCUUCUGUUUCUGCAGUGCCAACGUUUGCCUGCUGCCCGACUCCCUGGCCAGGUUCAACAACCUCUCGGACACCCACAGGAGAGCCCGGGAGGUGGGCAAGAGGAUCCGCAACGGUGCUAGUCGUCCUCAGAUUAAAAUCUACAUCGACUCACCCACCAACACUUCCAUCAGUGCGGCGUCCUUCAGCAGCCUCGCCACAGGUUUCCGCCGUACCUCCUCUCUGGACCAGCGUCCAGACCAAACACACACCACCAACAACGGCCCGGCCGACGCUGAAACCGAACCCCUCACCGAGUGCCCGAUUCACCCCUCAGGUGCCACCGACUGCCCUGUUCACCCGGUUGCAGGAGACCAGGGCUCCGCCGAAUGCCCUCUUCACCACGACGGAGCCGACACCACAGCCGACUGCCCCCUCCACUCGGCGGGCAGCAACAGCAGCUCGGACUGUCCCGUCCACACCUCAGGGGAGGCUCCAGGCUGCCCCAUGCAUUCCACAGUGGCUCAGAGUGGCCCCGGCCACCAUGACUGCCCCAUGCAUGGGGAAGGUACCCAGCCUAAACCCUCCACAGACUGCCCUCUGCACACCUCAGGGGUCCAAAUCAGUAUCAGCGCCCCGGAGCCGGAAGAGGAGGAGGCCGAGACGGGGAACCAUCGAGACCAGGCAGGGGGGGACAACGGCAGCAUGACCGCCUCCCGGGAGUCCCUCGCUCGCUAUCACGGCGGCGACGGCGGCGGCGGCAUCGGGAUUUCCUCCAACAACACUCUGUCGCACGUCCCGCGCACCUCAAUCUUCAAGCGCCCCGGACGAAAACGCCGCCACGGAGACGAGACGUUCGACCACGAGAUCUCCGCCUUCUUCCCCGCCAACUUGGAUUUCCUGGCGUUACAGGAAGUAUUCGACCACGGGUCGACGACCAGACUGCGGCGGCAGCUGCAUCGCUACUUCCCCUACGUGCUGAGCGACGUUGGGCGGUACGGCUGGAAAGGCUGCUGCUCCAGGUUCAAAUUCCUGAACAGCGGCCUGAUGCUGGCCAGCCGCUACCCGAUUCUGGACGCACGGUACGAGUGCUACCCCAACGGAAGAGGGGAGGACGCUCUGGCGGCCAAGGGGGCGCUGUUCGCCAAGGUCCACGUGGGCACCUCCCAUCAGGAGCAGAGGGUUGUGGGAUACCUCACGUGCACGCACCUCCACGCCAUCGAAGGUGAUGCGUCCGUUCGCUGUGAACAGCUGGACCUGCUCCUCCAGUGGGGGGCGGAGUUUCGCCAGACGUCGUCUCAGUCGCCCGAAGGGGAGAAAGUCCUGGAGGACCUGGUGGCCUUCGACGUCGUCCUGGGAGACCUCAACUUCGACAACUGCUCUUCAGAGGACAAGCUGGAGCAGCAGCAUGCACUUUUUACUCAGUACAAGGACCCGUGUCGCCUGGGGCCAGGGGAGGACAAACCGUGGGCUCUGGGUACUCUGCUGGAUCCCAGUGGCCUUUAUGACGACGAUGUCAGUUCACCUGAAAGUUUACAAAAAGUGAUGGAGAAUGAGGAGGGGAGGAAGGAGUACCUGGUGUUUCCCCCCAGUAAGAGUCAGUGUCCUGGCAGCAGCCAGAAGGGGAGGAAGAUCCCGCUGAAGGGCAACGGCCGCCGGAUCGACUACAUCCUCUACAGCGACGAGGGCCUGCAGCCGGACUGGAAACUGGAGAUCGAGGAGUUCAGCUUCAUCUCUCAGCUGGCCGGCCUCACCGACCACCUGUCCGUGGCCAUGCGUCUGGCCGUGUCCACCGGAGAAGAGGAGCCUUAGAUCCACAGGUUUUCUUUACGUCAGAGGAAACAUACUGCCAUGGAGGAGCAGCGGAGGAGGAGGAGGAGGAGGAGGAGGAGGAGGAGGUGGGGUUUACAGACGGGGAGCUGCUCGAGGAGGAUUCCAGGGACGGCUCAGAACCAGAGGAUUAAACGAGGAGAAACGAGGCGGCUCGAGGGGAAGAGGGAGAAACGUUUGCAUCUUCCUGGAUAAAUCACACACGAUCACUGAAUACAAAACUGAAGAGACGGACUCGACGCUCGUCCGUGAGCCGAGCUGAAUCCAGAGGGUUUUUCUUUCUAAUAUGUUUCAUGUAGCCAACACACACACUUUUGAUCUGAUGUGUUUUAGCCGUCGUGUUGCGUAUGAUGUUCUUUUGAUUUUGUUUUUUUUUUUGUUUUUUUAUUAAAUCAUUCUACCUUCAGGGACGGUUCGGAUCCUCGUCGUUUAGUGACUGUGUA